AUGGCUUCGAUAUUGGCAAGGCUUCCUACCCCAACACUAAUGGCGGUCAACGGAAGACAGCCCGUUUUCCGAACACUUGGGAAAUCAGCAAUGCCUGCAAUUAAAGAGAGACAAGAUCGUGUAAGGGUAGUAGCAAAAGCCACCGGUGAAAGCUCAGAUACUUUUUCAAUUGUAAAGUCUGUACAGAAUGUUUGGGACAAGUCUGAGGAUCGGGUGGCGCUGAUUGGUUUAGGAUUUGCAGGUGUGGUAGCUUUCUGGGCAUCAAUAAAUCUUGUGACGACCAUCGACAAACUUCCUAUUGUUCCAAGCGUGCUUGAGCUUGUUGGAAUACUAUUUUCUUCGUGGUUCACAUAUCGGUAUCUCUUAUUCAAGCCGGAUAGGCAAGAACUUUCACAGGCGAUCACAAAGUCGAUAUCCGAUAUCUUGGGACAAUAA